AGAAAAAGAGAUCCAGAAGAUUAUGUUAGAUAUAUAGCAAAACAACGUGUUCCAAAUAAAGAAACCUAUAAUGAAAGAAUGGCAGAUUUUAAAGAUUGGUAUAAUGAGGAAAUUUAUAUUA